AUGAGCCACGGCGGCGAAACGGGAAUGCAGAAUGAUCUCGAGCUGCAGGCUCUCGUCAGGGGCCGGAGGAGCCCUGGAACCGCCGCGGGGGACGCCUCUUCAACUGCGGUGGGCACAGACUGGCCUCAAAUCCGGCGCCUGUACGCCAUCGCGAUGGCAUGCGCGGUCGCGGCGUCGAUUUACGCGGAUCAGAACUUGACGGCGCCGAACUUGUCGGCUAUCGCCGCAGAUCUGGGCCUUGACGAGCAGGAACGCGACACCAAGCUCGCAGGGUGGGUCUCAGCAGGCUUCUUUGCCAUCGGCGCUCCUGCAGCGCUGUGUGUGGGCUGGCUCGACAGCCGCGUCCGGAGCAGGGUCCAGAUGCUGUUCAUCAUGGUCCUGAUCGGGGAGGGCCCGCUCAUCCUCACAGCAUGGGUCACCAGGUUCUGGCAGUUCUUCGUCCUCAGGCUGAUGACCGGGCUCGCCGUCGGCGGGUGCUUCCCACUCGCCUUCAGCCUCCUGUCCGACCUGGUCCCCGCACAGCACCGCCCGCUGGCGUCCUCCGCCGUGCAACUCUCCACUGGCGCAGGCCUCGCCGUCGGGCAGGCUAUCGCGGGCUUCCUCGGCCCCUGGGUCGGCUGGCGCGUGCCCUUUGUCGUCGUGGGCAUUCCGUCUGUCGCCCUGGCGGCGCUGAUGCUCCUCACGGUGCGCGAGCCUGCGCGCGGAGCCGUGGAGCCCUGCGUGCAGGAGGCGCGCAAGCGCGGCCUGGGCGAGUACCGAGAGAAAGCGACAGCGGCCCGCGCACUGCGAUGUUGCACGGUGCCGUCAAACGCGCUGUGCGUGCUGCAGGGCAUCCCCGGGUCGCUCCCCUGGGGCGUCAUCCUCGUGUACCUCGCGGACUACCUCGCGGUCGACAAGGGCCUCGGCGUUCAGCAAGCGACGAUCGUCCUCCUGACAUUCGGGGUCGGAGGUGCCUGCGGAAUGCUUCUCGGCGGCGUCGGCGGCCGGGCCGCGUACUGCCGUCGCAAGGAGCUGCUUCCGGCCAUGAUGGGUCUGUCCGCGAUGUGCGGGACCCUCCCGGUGCUGUGCCUGAUCAACGGCGACCUCGGAGGCGCUGCGGUGUGGCGUGUGGGGCUGGCGGCGGUGGCCGGGGCGGUCGCCGGCGUGCCCGGGCCCGGAGUGCGCGCCGUCGUCAUGAACGUCAACGAGCCGGAGCUGCGGGGGGUCGCGAUGGCGCUACAGAGCACCGCGGAUGACGUCGGCAAGGGGUUUGGGCCCGCGAUGGUCGCCGUGCUGGUGAGCGGCCUGGGACGCAGGGCCGCGUUCAACUUCGCGGUGUUGGGCUGGGUGCCGUGCGGGCUCAUGAUGCUGAGCGUCGCGUGCUACUUUCGGCGCGACGAAGCAGCGAUGGAGGCACGCAUGGUGGCCAACCAGGCGGCGCGGCUGGCGGGCGGCGCGGGGGACGCUGGCGACGUGCAGCUUGGCAGCGAGCGCUCCGGCGGCGGUCCGGGGUCGCCGCUGAACUCCGCGGGGUCGGUGCGCAGCAGUGGCAGCGGGGGCGCGGUGGGGCUGGUCGGUGGUGGUGGGCCUGCCCGCGGCGGCGUGAGGGUGCGGUCCGGGGGCAGGGGCGGACAGAAGGUACCAGGCUGA